ACCCUCAGUUCUCAAUGUCGGCCACGAUCAAGGUUCUGAACGUGGCGGAGAAGCCGUCGGUGGCGAAGUCAGUGUCGGGCAUCCUCUCAAGGAACCAAGGCCUGCGUGCGCGAUGGCGCGAUGGCCGUUCCCGGUAUAACAAGAUAUUCGAGUUUAAUUACUCGAUUCGUGGCCAACCCUGCCACAUGCUCUUCACCUCUGACUGGCACUCUUGUGAUCCGGUGGACCUCUACCAUGCCCCCGUUCGCAAAAUCGUUCCUGAGGAUAAAUUGGAUAUUAAAAGGACGUUAGAGGAAGAAGCUAGGAGGUGCCAAUGGUUGGUUCUCUGGCUUGAUUGUGACAGAGAAGGUGAAAACAUUGCAUUUGAGGUUAUCGAAGUCUGCAGAGCAGUGAACCGUCAUCUUACAAUACGAAGGGCUCGAUUCUCUGCAUUGAUUGAGAGGGAAAUCCAUCACGCUACACAGAAUCUUAUUGAUCCAAACCAAUGGUUUUCUGAUGUUGUAGAUACUAGACAGGAAAUAGAUCUUCGAAUUGGAGCUUCCUUCACCAGAUUUCAGACUAUGCUGUUGAGAGAUAAAUUCGUUAUUGCUUCUGCUACAAAUGACAGAAAUCUUGUUCUAAGUUAUGGUCCUUGUCAGUUCCCUACACUUGGCUUUGUUGUGGAAAGUUAUUGGGAAGUACAGUCACAUGAGCCCGAAGAAUUUUGGACAAUCAACUGUUCUCACAAAUCGGAUGAAGGUGUUGCUACCUUCAAUUGGAUGCAUGGUCAUCUCUUUGAUUACUCUUGUGCAGUUAUAGUUUAUGAAAUGUGUGUUCAAGAUCCAAAUGCUACUGUCACAAAAGUUCAACACCAAGAAAAGCUUAAGCAUCCUCCAUAUCCUUUGAGUACCAUUGAGCUUGAAAAGCGUGCUUCACGAUGUAUGAGUUCUGAACACACUAUGAAGGUGGCAGAAGAGCUAUACCAAGCUGGUUUUAUCGGUUAUCCUCGUACAGAGACUGAUUGCUUUUCAAGGAGGACUGAUUUGCAUGCAAUUGUGCAAGAGCAGCAGGAGCAUCCUGAAUGGGGUUCUUAUGCACAGAGAUUAUUAGACCCGGAGACAGGACUUUGGAGAAACCCUGGCAGUGGUGGACAUGACGACAAGGCUCAUCCACCCAUUCACCCUACAAAAUUUUCUGCUGGGGAACAUGGUUGGAGUCAAGACCAUCGUAAAUUAUAUGAACUGGUUGUUCGCCAUUUCUUAGCUUGUGUUUCUCAACCAGCUGUUGGGGCUGAAACCAUAGUUGAAAUUGAUAUUGCUGGUGAAUUAUUUUCUGCAUCAGGAAGAAUGAUAUUAGAGGGGAAUUACUUAGAUGUUUACCAAUAUGAAUCAUGGGGAGCUUCAAUGAUUCCAACCUACACUGUUGGACAGCAGUUCACCCCAACAUCACUGACUCUAGACACAGGAAUUACUAGACCACCACCCCUUCUGAGUGAAGCUGAUUUACUAAGUUGUAUGGACAAGGCGGGAAUUGGUACAGAUGCAACAAUGCAUGAUCACAUUAAAAAGCUUCUAGAUCGAUUUUAUGCAACAAAGGACUCAAAUACUCGUUUCUCGCCCACCAAUCUUGGCGAAGCACUAGUGAUGGGAUAUGAUGAAAUGGGGUAUGAACUUUGGAUACCAAAUCUCAGAUCAAUGAUGGAGUUUGACAUGAAAGAAGUUGGUGUAGGCAAUAAGAGUAAAGAUGAAGUUUUAGCAAUUUGCUUGCAGCAGAUGAAAGCUUGUUUCUUAGAUGCUAGGUUGAACAAAGUGAAACUAUUAGAAGCUAUGGCUGUUUUGAGCGCUGGAGAGGUGGCUAGGCAGUGUAAUCUUUGCCAAGAAUCUUCUAUGGUGCUGAAGAAAAACCGUGAGGGCAAUUUCAUGGUUGGAUGCUCGGGUUUUCCACAGUGUAGGAAUGCUAUUUGGCUCCCUGGAUCUAUACUAGAAGCUGCAGUAACCAGUAAUAUUUGCAGCUCCUGCAAUCCUGGUCCUGUUUAUUUGAUUCAGUUUAAGUUUCGUCAGAUUGAAAUACCACCUGGCUUCAAUGCGAAUCAUCUUGGUUGCAUUGGUGGCUGUGAUGAUACUCUUAGACAACUGAUUGAGAUAUGUGGAACUGGUUCUCGCAUGUCAGGUUUGUAUAGUUGUUUAUCUGUAGUAGUUGUGAAGUUGAUCAAAACGGAAGAGUAA